UAUCAAACGUAUCCAUACUGAGGACGGGAAAGUAUUACAAAGGAAUUUUCUGUCCGUCUAUAACGAAUAGCUUUAAGGAUAAAACAAUAGAACUAUCAUAUCAGCGGUACUCGCGGAGACAACGCCAGAAGUCACUCAUAAUGGUCAACGUGGUCGAUUUAGCACUUAAGAUAUGUCUAGCAAAUAUAUAUACGCUUACAAAUAGAAAGGACAUUUCCUCGGUUGUGGAUAGCUACCAGAUAGCAUGGACGGUUGCGUUCGGAUUCCUCAAUGUGUUCGUGUGUUUGCUGGGCUCCUGGAGGUGCUUCGCCAACAACUACCUGCACUGGGCGGCCGCUGCGACGUGGAUAUUGCUGAUUGCUCAAGGUCUCAGUGGCCAAGGCAUCGGUUUUCAAGCCCCCGAAAAUCAAGUGUGGUACAUGCUGUUUAUAAUCUUCGUGCCGUACGCCAUGUUGCCGCUUUCCCUCGGCUGGUGCAUUGUGAUUGGACUACUGUCGUCUCUGUCACACGUGCUGGCCACCGCAGUUAUUAUUAGGGACAUCAUGGAUAAUAAUACUGAAGCUGCACAAUCUUGCGCAUUGCGGCUGUUAAUAGCCAAUGCUCUGCUAUACAAUGCGGUCAACUUUGCUGGAAUGUACGCCAAGUACCUUACGGACUGGGGGCAGCGCAAAGCGUUCCUCGAGACUCACCGCUCUAUGGUCACGAGGCAACGUACCAAGAGUGAAAGCGAUCGCCAAUGGAAACUGUUUCAGAGUGUGAUACCAGACUUUUUAGCCAAAGAAAUCUAUAGCCACGUGUCGAAGGUAAAAGGAGAAUUCCAAGAGCAGCAGUUCAACAAUUUAUACAUACAGAGGCAUGAAGAUGUAUCCAUACUGUAUGCGGACAUAAAAGGUUUUACAGAACUGUCCAGUAAAUGCAGUGCUCAAGAGUUAGUCAAGCUACUGAACGAACUGUUUGCGCGAUUUGACAGGUUGGCAUCGGAGAAUCACUGCCUGCGCAUCAAGCUGCUGGGCGACUGCUACUUCUGCGUGAGCGGGCUGCCCGAGCGGCGGGACAACCACGCCUUCUGCUGCGUCAACAUGGGCCUGCACAUGAUCCGCGCGAUACGCGACGUGCGGUACAACGCACAGGUAGAUCUAGACAUGCGGAUCGGCAUUCACAGUGGCACGGUGCUCUGCGGCGUGCUCGGCCUGCUCAAGUGGCAGUUCGACCUGUGGUCGCACGACGUCAGCGUCGCCAAUCAUAUGGAGAGCGGAGGCUUGCCCGGUCGUGUCCACAUAUCUUCAGCGACCUUGGAAUGUCUAAACGGCGCGUUUGAGGUGGAACCCGGCGACGGUGGCUCCCGGGACCCGUACCUACGGGAACUCGGCCUCACCACCUACCUCAUUAAGUCCACCGAGCAGCCGCGCAGGACCAGACAUAGAUCCAGGCCUAGCUGUAUCCAGCCUCCGGCACAGAACAGUGAGGCGACACCCCGCCGCCCCAGCAGCAGCAUCGAUGACGAAACCACGACAGAUUGGACUCCUGAGAUGCCCUUCCAAAGCUACUUCUUAAAUACGGCAGUUGUCACGCGCUCCUCUCGUCCGAAUAAACACGAUGACGUUGAGCAGGGACAGGAUAUGGAAAUUACGUCAAUGUCAGAUGAGGAUGACAUAAUCAACCACUCGAUCGAGGUGAGCAGCAACAGGCGCAUGCGCGUGGACAACAUGCGUGCGUGGUCGCUGCGCUUCUGCGAGCCGGCGCUCGAGCAACGCUUCGCGCAGCAGGACGAGAGCACCUUCAAGUCAAACGUCAUGAGCUGCCUCGUGCUCUGGCUCUUCAUUGUGGCCGUGCAAUAUGUCAUACAUUAUAACUGUUGGCGUUUGGUGGUAAUGCUGGGUGUGAUGUCGGUGCCGCUGGUGCUGGCGUUCUGCGCGGUGAUGGCGGACGAGUUCCCGCGCGCCCCGGUGCGGCUGGCGCGCUUCGCCACCGCGCUCACGCGCACGCGCCGCCGCCGCAACCUGCUCGUGUGCUGCCUCGUUACCCUCAUGUCUAUCUCCAGCACCACGAAACUGUACAUCUGCCCGCCGUCGUUUUUGAACGCUACACUCACCGUACCAGCUCGACCCAACAACGUAACUGUAGAAAAGGAACGCGAUGGCGAGUGCUACAGACCGGAAUACGUGGUCUUCACUUGGAUCCUGUGCCUUGUUGCGUUGACGUCCAUACUGAAAUUGUACUACCUCAUAAAGACCUUCCUGGCGGUCCUCAAUGUUGCCAUAUACGCCGUGUUGCUGCUUAUCUACUACAACGAAUACGACUUCGACUCCUUAAAUGGAGGCACACAUCUGCCGUUCUACGUGCAGAUGCUGAUCUUGAUGGUGAUGUUUCUGGUGAUCGUGGUGUACCACGCGCGGCUAGUGGAAGUGACGUCUCGGCUGGACCUGUUGUGGCGCUUGCAGGCCGAGACUGAUCUGGAAGAGAUGCGCGACACGCAGCGCACCAACAGGCACCUCUUGAAGCACAUACUGCCCGAUCACGUCGUCAACCACUUCUUGCAGAAGGAUCGAUGCCCCGACGAGCUGUACUCGCAAUGGCGCGACGAAGUGGGCGUGAUGUUCGCCGGAAUCCCCAACUUCCACGAGUUCUACUCCGAGCAGAAGGCCGUCGACUGCAUGCGACUGCUCAACGAGAUCAUUUUUGACUUUGACAAACUGUUGAUGCAGCCACGAUUUAAAAGCAUAGAGAAGAUCAAGACCAUCGGCGCCACCUACAUGGCAGCAUCGGGUCUUAACCCGAAUCACAAGACCGGCGACGACGAUUGUGAACAUCUCUGUGCAUUAGUCGACUACGCUUUUGCGCUGCGGGAAGCUCUCGAGGAAAUCAACAAGCACAGCUUCAACAAGUUUCGACUAAGAGUUGGUAUAAGCUGUGGGCCACUUGUAGGCGGAGUGAUAGGUGCUCGCAAACCAGUGUAUGAUAUUUGGGGUAACACUGUGAACGAAGCUUCGCGGAUGGAGAGCACCGGUGCUAUGGACCGCAUACAGGUCACCAAGUACACAAAACAGAUCCUCGAACGCCGAGGCUACGGUCUGGAGGCGCGGGGCCUGGUGGAGGUGAAGGGCAAAGGACGCAUGGAGACCUGGUGGGUGCGGCGGCGGCGUGCGCGCGGCGCUGGCCCGCUGCCCGCACCAGCACCGCCGCGCUCACUCGCCGCGCUCGUCUACACCAUGCUGCCGGCGCGCAAGCGCAUCUACACGCACCCGCUCGACGCUCCCGCACUGCAGGGCUCUCGCGGCGGCAGCGUGCGCGCACCGCGGCCGCGCACCGCGGAGCUGCGACGCGCGCGCACGCGCCACACGCACACCAACGGCCAGGAAAUAGAACUGGGCAUCCGUCCCCACGCAAGCAGCAUGGUAGUACGGCGGCCCGAUAUGGCACCACCAUUUGUGGGCAGCGUAUCCGCGCCACACACACCCACCGCGCCUCACAAUUCGGCAGAAAAGUUUCCCGAACCUCCCCCGAAGCUAGGGAUCGGGGCCCGAUUGAAGGCUGCCAGCUUCUCCUACCGAACUAGACCUCAAAGGGACAGAUCGCCAAGAAUUCGAGAGGAAAAUGAAGGUAACGCGAGUUCGAUAGCGAAUGGAGCCCCGGGCUCAUUCCGGUUUCGUUCCGUGACAACCGCUUCCUUCUUUAGAAGUCGCAGUAGAGAACAGAAGAAAAAUAAAGAACAGGUGAAUGAAGAGCAUAAGCAAGAGAAUGGAGAUACUGACGCCGUUACGACAAGAAUGUAA